UUCAUCGUAAGCUAAAGCUACAGCACAGCAAGCAAGAUGGUGCGCACCCGCGUUACGUUUGAGAAUCCUCCAGCCGAUCCGCGUCCAGCGAGGCGCGCGUUGCGGGCCCGCGCGCUGCGACGGCGACGUGCGGAGCUUCGGCGAUGCGAGAUUUUUGCUUGGCCACUAGCACGGACCGACGAGCGGCCAGCCGCAGCGAACGACCGUCGGUCGCCGCGGCGGGCACUGUCAGCAGGCCCGGACACACACACGCGCGACGUGAAGCCCUAUGGUGAGGAAAGAGCGUUGUACGACCGGCGCGCCCGCAUCGCAGGUGAAGGAGAAGACGCACAUCAACCUCGUGGUGAUCGGCCACGUCGACGCCGGCAAGUCGACGACGACGGGUCACUUGAUCUACAAAUGCGGCGGCAUCGACAAGCGGACGAUCGAGAAGUUCGAGAAGGAGGCGGCCGAGCUCGGCAAGGCCUCGUUCAAGUACGCGUGGGUGCUUGACAACCUCAAGGCCGAGCGCGAGCGCGGUAUCACGAUUGACAUUGCGCUCUGGAAGUUCGAGUCGCCGAAGUUCUACUUCACGGUCAUCGACGCGCCGGGCCACCGCGACUUCAUCAAGAACAUGAUCACGGGCACGUCCCAGGCCGAUAUCGCCAUUCUGGUGAUUGACUCGUCGGUGGGCGGCUUCGAGGCCGGUAUCUCCAAGGACGGCCAGACGCGCGAGCACGCGCUGCUGGCGUUCACGCUCGGCGUGAAGCAGAUGAUCGUGGCGUGCAACAAGAUGGACGACGUGUCGGUCAAGUACGGCGAGGGCCGCUACAAGGAGAUCAAGGCCGAGGUGUCGACCUACCUGAAGAAGGUCGGCUACAAGCCGAUGAAGAUCCCGUUCGUGCCGAUCUCGGGCUGGAUGGGCGACAACAUGAUCGACAAGUCGACGAACAUGCCGUGGUACAAGGGCCCCUACCUCCUCGAGGCGCUCGACAACGCCAACCCGCCGAAGCGCCCCUCGGACAAGCCGCUGCGCCUCCCGCUCCAGGACGUCUACAAGAUCGGCGGUAUCGGCACGGUGCCGGUCGGCCGCGUCGAGACGGGCAUCAUCAAGCCGGGCAUGGUCUGCACCUUCGCGCCCGUCCAGAUCACGACUGAGGUCAAGUCCGUCGAGAUGCACCACGAGUCGCUCCCCGAGGCCGUGCCGGGCGACAACGUCGGCUUCAACGUGAAGAACGUGUCGGUCAAGGACAUCCGCCGCGGCAACGUGUGCGGCGACUCCAAGAAGGACCCGCCCAAGGGCGCGAGCACCUUCUUCGCCCAGGUCAUCGUCAUGAACCACCCCGGCCAGAUCUCGUCGGGCUACUCGCCCGUCCUCGAUUGCCACACGGCCCACGUCGCGUGCAAGUUCAAGAACAUCGACCAGAAGAUGGACAGGCGAUCAGGCAAGGUGCUCGAGGAGAACCCGAAGUUCGUGAAGACGGGCGACGCGUGCAUGGUCACGCUCGAGCCGACGAAGCCGCUGUGCGUCGAGUCGUUCGCCGAGUACCCGCCGCUCGGGCGCUUCGCCGUGCGCGACAUGCGCCAGACGGUCGCGGUCGGCGUCAUCAAGUCGGUCGACAAGUCCGAGAAGGAGGGCAAGACGACGAAAUCCGCGGCCAAGAAGAAGUAGGCGCUUCUGUGGCACGGUUAAUUUCCUUUUCCCCAACCUGUUGUAACAGCGGCGUUCGGUCACGCAGCCCCGCUGCGGUCGUGGCGGCUAGGCAGGGCCUAGCUCUAACCAAAGCAACGGC